CUAGGUCAUUUUUCGAAAAACAAUUGCAAAAUUUUUAAAAAAGGUACUUGUGGCCAUUUUGCACGUACAAAGCGCAAAACACGUACACAGAAUCAAGCCUUUCCGGUUUGGCGGGCUUCAGUGUAGCCAAUCAAAAUCGUCAUUGGGUGGUCACGAGAUCACAUCAGGUUGGCCACUGGGUUUGAAAAGUUGUUUAUGUCGCAAAAUACGAAAUGAAAUGUAUCAGUAGAAAUUAACAUUCAUUUUUUCUAAGCUCUUGAAAAUUGAAUCGAUUGUGUCAGCGAAAAAGUAACAGGAAGUCUUUCAGACAAAAAGUUGUUUUGUGACUCGGGAAACCUUGUUCUGUAUCCAGAAACCUACUAUUCGAUUAUUGCGGCCGUAGAUCACAUCCAAAACAAACACCUGAAGUUGCAGAAAUUUAAAACGCCACUCAGCUGAAGUUUUAGAAAACAGGAUCGAAAUAUGGGACAUAUUUCCAAGCAACAAAGUGAUGGCUCAGAGUCCUUCCAUCCCUGGUCCGAAACCUACCAUGAACAGUGGGUGUGGAGCAGUGAAGACAAGUCACCUUCAGUGUAUCUUUGCCUCAAUAACAAAGUAGCCUGCUUCUAUAUUGACCCUGUCAUUGAGAGUACGGGAACAGCCGGUGUGCGGGGUACAAAGGCUUUUACACACGGUCAGCACUAUUGGGAGGUUAAACUGAGUUCUGUCUUUGGUACAUCAAUCAUGAUUGGUGUUGGGACCAAAGAGGCUUUGCUUCAGACAACUGACUUUGAGUUUGUAGAUUUGAUUGGACGAGACGAGCAAAGUUGGGGGUUAUCUUACAAAGGCAAGGUCUGGCACAAUGGCCAGGUUAGAAGUUACUGUGACCCUUUUUAUGAUUCAACAGUCAUCGGCGUACUCCUUGAUAUGGAUGCAGGAACUCUUUCAUACUUCAAGAAUGGAAGAUCUUUAGGAGUUGCUUUUACUGGGCUGUGCGACAAAGCAUCAGAACUAUAUCCAAUCAUUUCAUCAACAUCAACACUCUCUGAAAUAGAACUGUGUGACAGCACAUGUAGAUAUGUGUCACUACAGGACCAAUGCCGAAUGACCAUAUCAAAACUUGUUGGUAAGGACCAAAUAGACUUUCUUCCCCUCCCCAGAGGAAUGUGCCAGUCUCUGAAAGGAGUUUAGACUUUUCAAUCUCUUUCUUUUUACAUAAAAUCAAAUGUGCAAACUCAUUCUUAAACCUGUAAAUAUUGUUCUUUGCCCAGAAUAGUUACAUGUACAUUGUGUUAUUCACACAGUGUUUCUUGAAACAGUACUUCUUGAAAAGCAUAGUAGAUUAAUGAAAAAUUAAGCAAACAUUAUAAAAAUUAUAGAUGAUCAUCAGCAGUCUGCAGGAAAAGCAAUUGAAAAAAUUGUUAAAAUAAACAAACAUUGCUUGUGUAAAUAGUGUAAAGGAAGAAAGAGACAAGUUACUUUUGGGGUACUUUGGAAGCUUAAUCUAAUGCUAAUUUGCAUUUCCUUUUUUGAACAACUAUGUAUAAAAAAUAUAUAUUUAAUCAUUCAAGCUGAACAUUUUAAAAAAGAGGACACUUUGCACAACAAUUCUGUAAAAAAA